AUAAAAAUGAUGAAUGGAUGGUUGAUAAAUAUUAGACUAGCAAAUGUCUCCGUUUAAAAAGCCUUGUUUUGAAAAGGUAAAUAUUUUGUUGUAACCCAAAGGGUUCAAAUGAAGGCAACUGGACUUCUUUGGUUUCUUGAAAACGUUUCGCUUCUCAUCCGAGGAGCUUUGCCAAUUCUAACUAGAAUACGGGAGCGUCAUGCUCUACUUUACAUUACAAAAAUAAUUCAUAAUUUAACAUGGAAAGAAAUAUUUUUACCAGCUACAUCUGUUUAUAAUGAAGUAGAAUGUUACAGUGGGUUCAGUUGAUGCAUAAACCUGUACUUUCUGUUGUAAUUAAGACAUUUCAAAUAAUGGUCAAAUGAGGUGAAAAGGUGGGAAAGUGCAUUCUUAAUUUUUUUAUUAUCUUUUAAAUAAUUAAGACCGAAUGUGUAAAAUAGACACACAGUAAUGAAAUCAUAACUUUCCACACAAAAACAUGUAUUUUGCUCAGGAGCGGACGGAAGAAGUGUAGCAACAUGAUACAUCCAGCAGGUGGCGAUAGUGUGACGUUUUGAACGUAUGCUGACGUGAAACCUAAACGAAGAACAGCUAGCUGCUACGUUAAAGCUCUUUUGGGGUCAUUCAGGUCCCUUUGAAUGGUUUUGUUUAGCACCCCUAAUAAAAAUGUCGCCGCUGCUUCUCAGGGCUUUUGUAAACGAGCGGCUAACGGCGGUGGUGGAAGAAAUAUUCCAGGUUUUUGAAGGAACGAUAGCAAAAUACGAAGAAGAAGCGUCCAACUCCAAACAUGAGAUCGAGAGGCUCAGGGGGUUGCUGCUGGAGCUGGAAAAUCAGAGGGCAGACACUUCUCAGUCACCCUCCAUCAAAGAUGAAACUCCACAUAAACGGCAUCACUGUGAGCAGAAGUCCGUCCUCAUCCACAGUCGGGUGGAACCAGAACUUCCUCACAUUAAACAGGAAGAUCAUGAACUCUGGCCCACUGAGCAGCAGGAGGAGGAUCUGGCAGAAGAGGAGGCUGAUGUCUUUGAUCCUCAGCAGACGAGUGAGCAGGAAGACACAAAACCACCUGUGCAGCAUUCGAUCCAAACCUGUGAACCAGAGGAGGAGUUUCAGGUGAUGCAGGAAGUAAAAAAUGACUUCCUCCAUUCAUCUUUCCCUUCAACAUUAUCUUCACCCAAUGAGGCCACUGCAAGUUUUGCAUCAGAGCAAAAGCAAGGCCAGACUUCAUCCGUCCUUUCCAGAGAACUAAGGGAUCCGUCUCUCAUGACUUUCACGGGAACUGACCAUCGCUGCCAUUUGUGUUCUGGGUUUUUCUCCUCCAUUCACCGCCUGGUAAAUCACGCGUUGCGAAUUCAUUUGAAGGACAGCUGCAUCGUGUGCGCUGUGUGCGGAAAAACCUUGGAGGGCACCGGAAACCUUCAGCUGCACCUCAAGUCCCAUGAGAACCCCAAAAGUUGCCACAUAUGUGGGAAGCAAUACAAAAGCGCCACGUCGUUGACCGAGCACAUGGCCAGCCACGCGGGGCUGAAGCUGCACCACUGCCACGUGUGUGGGAAAGAGUGCAGCAGAAAGGGAGAUUUGAAGAUCCACAUGAGGAUCCACACGGGAGAGAAGCCUUUCUGCUGCUCGGUGUGCGGUAAGAGUUUCACUCACAGCGGACAUCUGAGGAAGCACACGAGGAGCCACACGGGAGAGAGGCCGUACAGGUGUGACGUCUGCGGGAGAGGGUUUCUGCAGAGCGCACACCUGAAAUACCACUUAGGGACUCACGCUCACAAGUGGUGAUCAGCUAAUAUGUGAUCAACGAAAAGAUCAAAUGGAAAAGGUUGUUUCAUCUCCUUUUCAUAUAUUGUUUUGCUUUUAGAAGUUUAUUUGAAGAUAUUUUUCUAAUUUUUAAAAUACAUUUAAAUAUUUAAGCAAAUACAAAAUGGUGUGAAUAUGUUUAAUUAAUUUAACAUUUAACAAGCAUUGAUUAGUUUGAGCUCAGUUUUCAUUUUUAUCACAGAUUGAACCUAUAGUUGGAUUCAAAUGGAUUUACUUCUAAGAAUGUUUGAGCAAAAAUGACCUUUUUGAAAUGUUAUUUCUAAAUAUACACCAUUAAUAAUAAAUGGAGACUUUACAGAAUGUUUAAAGACAUAAGAUGUUGGAAAAAUCUAGUUUACAUGUUAUUCUGUCAUACUGACAGGAGUGAAUAAGACCAGGAGCCUCAUGUACCAAACAUUCGUAGAAAAAUUCCUAAAUUCCUUCCCGUGUAUGAAAUUUAGAACGGUCAAACACCUGAUUUAUGAAACACGCUGUGGCCUCUCGCACGCGCGUUCCUCUGAUGAUCGUCUGUUGAUUAAUCCCACCUGUGCAUACCCGGGUGCUCGUGUCCAUUCUCAAUCAUUUACAUACAGGAACUCCCUCAGUUAUCCAUAUUUGGUCGCGCUACGUCCUCAGCACGUGAGGGGAUUCCCUGCGUUCUACCUGGAAAUAAGAAAAUUGUGAGAUGGAGACCGCUGCUGAAGCGCAAAAUAACCAAACAAGUUUCAGACGUGAUGAACGCGGCGGCCGCGACAGAGGAGAGGUCUUCGUCAGGAAUAAAUAAAACUUAAAUAUGAUAAAUCGUAGAGUAACGGGUUGUCAUUUACCGUAAUUUCUGGACUAUAGAGCGCACCUCAAUACAAGCCGCACCAGGCUAAGAGCCGCAGAUAUCUACUGAAUUGAAAACGUA